AUGCUGCUAACCUGGGGAAUCGACAAGUACAAAGUUAAAACAAAAAAAACAAAACUCUUUCUCACAGCUUUAACCUUCGGCGAUCCAUGCCAAACCUAUGAGGCUCUUGACGAACCUUUGAGGAGUGUCGGUGCGUUGUGGGCAGCGCCUGAUCCCUCUCUGUGUGACAGCGGCCUGCAAACAAAUUGGUACCGCUUUGUCAGCCCUGCAGGAGGAGUCAUCCCGACAAAUUGUUCUCUCCUCAGUAGAACCAGCUGUUCAACUCUUGGACCCGUCUGGAUGAAAGGGACUCUCCCGACUACAUCAGAAGGAGAAGCCCCUAGACAGGUUUGCCGGAGGACGUAUGCCUCAGGAGACUGUGAGGGGUACUGCUGGAAACUGAGUAACGGCAUCCUGGGAGGCACAGUUGUUAUGUUCUGUGACUUCGACGCCCCACCCUGGUCCAACCUGACAGUGGAGGUGUUCUGGACUGCCGACAAUGAUGUCAUCUAUGAAACUUCUCUAGUCAAUGGAGAGAGCCAGACAGUACUAGACCAGAAUCACCUCAAACUUGGAAUGGGAAAGAACAUAACUUGUAAAGUCCGCGGAAGGUAUACAACUGGAGGAGCACCCGGUACCCUCGAGGUCAGCAACGACUUUUUUGCAGGAGUGACGGUCCUGAAAAAAGUCUUCACCGUUGACGAGGAUGGCCCAACAAACAGCAUACAGCUCCAACCGACACUGCCGCUUGAUUGCAGUUCCUUGGGACCCUACUGCACUGUUUCAAUACCAGUAAACUUCGAGGAGGAAAGUCAUCGUGUUUGCCACGGAGGGGAAGUGCCUCAGGUGGUAACAGACGGUAAUGCGGUAACAGACAGCGGUAACACGUGCUCGUUCCUAUACGGCGUGGAUGACUGGAACGUUAACGGCAUCAUAGACAUCCCCGUGAUCGCUGUUCGUGACUCCCAGGUCGAUGGCCUGGGGUACAUGAGGGUCAAGUUUGGUCCUUUCGCGGCAGGGGUAUCAGACUUGUGGGAUGGCUACCAGCUUGAGGAUGUAGAAAUUCUCUCUCAGGACAAAGACUCGAUAGGAGAUGUGACAUGCACGUCAACUGGCGAUCCACAUUAUACAACAUUUGAUGGCCGGUUCUAUCACGUGUACGAGCAGCAAACAUUCACUUUGUACAAGCACCGGGAUCUCCCUAUUGAGGUUCAGACCCGGACGAGAAUGUGCUUCCGCGGUAAUGUUGCCUGCAAUUGUGGUGUCGCUGUUAGAUCUGGAAAUGAAACACUCAUUCUCAACAAGUGUGCAGGAGGUAUCCAGCGGUACAACUUUCCGUCGGGCUCCUGGACUGUAUAUGACGGAUUUCUGGCCUCAAGAAUUGAUCAUUAUGGCCCCGUGGGGGAAGAUAUCAAUUUCUACAAAGACAGAAAUUCCCGUUUUUAUGUCUUCCUACCUACGGGAUCACUCAUAGACAUACAGGUGAAGGGCGACGGUGUCAAUCCGUACAUGGACAUCGCUAUCCGUCCUUCAGCCGACGACAAAGGCAACACUCUGGGGUUGUGUGGAACAUUUGACGGGGACAGAACAAAUGACGGUCUUCACAGGGAUCUGUCAACGGUUUCUACCAUACAUCACAACCAAGUAAUGACAAGUGGCAAUAGUGCAUUCGUUAACAGCUGGAGAGUUGAUGACGCGAACAACAUCUUCUAUGGCAAUGUUCAUCCGUUACCGGCGUCUGAAAUAGAGCGCCGCUACUGUUCUUGUGUAACGGAUGGUCGUGGACAGAAUAUUCACUGUAAGAUAAGCCCUGCCUAUGACUGUAAAGCUGCGGAACUGAAGAGUCGAGGCAUUCAGCCCAUUGAGAACAACAGCGCGCGCAGGAGACGGGACACCAGCUACAACGAUGACGUUUACGAUGACGACAUGUUCGGAUUUGACGACAGCGCACCUUCCAGCCCCGUUACGCCCCCCACCUGGCCGGCCCCUAAUGGGAUGACAGAAGCUGAGGCCAGGGCGUACUGCGAGAACAACCUGGUAAAUUCUCCAUCUGGACAAUUGUGUUCGUCAAUCCUUGGAGACUCCAUCGACACAUCAUCGGUGGUAGAUUCAUGCGUCGUCGACAUCCAGGCUACCGGCGAUACUACAUUUGUACAGACAGUAGUCUCCUCGUUGGAAGCACGGUGCUCUGACGCCCUGUACAAAAACCUGACAUGUUGGACGAGCAACAACAACGUGACACUCGAACCACCUUCCUUCUUCUUUGAAACUGUCUCCUGUCCAAAUAACUGCAGUGGCAGAGGCGUCUGUGAGAAGGGACAGUGUGUCUGUCAGAAGGGGUUUGAAGGUCCGUCCUGCUCGAUAGAGACAGAUGCGCCGCCAAAAGCUUACUUCAUCCCGAAGGAAGGACUGUGUGACAUCAACAGCAGGCCAUGCGAACGGACCCCUGUUAUCGGGAGGGACUUCUUGCAAUCAGAAAACUUGACGUGUUCUUUACAAACAGCACAGAUUGACGAAAACGGCGUACAUCCUCUUCCUGUCGAAAACAUCACCGUUCCAGCCACGUUUGAAGAUGACUCUCGCGUUAUCUGCCCCCUUCCGCCAUCGAUAUCUCGGCGGAGUACGGCAGCCGGACACAGGACAACAGCCGAGGCGACGCUCGUCUCCAUCAGUAACGACGGUGUGCGCUUCAGCCCGCCGGUCCUGCUCAUCACGUAUGACGCCGUCUGUCAGGACUGCAACGUCACCGGAUUCUGUGUUCUCAGGAACAACUCCUGUGAGAUAGACGGGACUUGCUAUUCCAGUGGAGACACACAGAUCGGCAACUGGUGCAAACAGUGUGUCCCGUCAGUCAACGUGUCAGCAUGGAGCGACAGGCUUGAUAAUGCACCGCCCGUCUUUGAACCUACCGGCGACAUCAUUGCCUUCAUCAACCAUCAGCUGAACUUCACAGUCAAGGCAGCGGACCCGGAAAACCACCCCUACCUGAGCUACUCACUGGUGGGAGCCUCACCAGAUCCUGACCUGUCCCUGUCCAGCGAUGGUCUGCUGAACUGGACACCCAAACUAAACACAACCAUCAUCGUCAACGUCACAGCUGCUGACGAGUGUGGUGCGAGUUCUACAGAAUCUUUCACUGUCAUCGCCCGUGACUGUCCGUGUCAGAAUGGCGGCAUGUGUCCUUCCUUCGCGCUGGACAGUCCUGAUAACAUCAACUGCAGCUGUAACGGUACCGGCUUCACGGGUCAGAUGUGUGACGUGGAUGUGGACGAGUGUGCGGACAGCCCGUGUGUCCAUGGAGUCUGUAACAACACCGUCGGCGGGUUCCAGUGCGACUGUGAGCAGUAUUACACAGGUCCUCUGUGUGACCAGGAGACGCCAUGUUUCUCCAACCCUUGCCCUGACAACGGGACAUGCGCAGACAUCCCCGGCGCCAUCCAGUGUACCAUCUGUCCUGAGGGGUCGGCUUGUGUGGUCAUUGAAAUCCCCCUGGACCCGUGCUCGCCCAACCCAUGCUAUGCUGACGUCACCUGUGACGUAGUUGAUGACGUGUACAGCUGCGGACCCUGUCCUGCCGGGAUGACUGGUGAUGGAGUCAGCUGUGUCCAAGUAAUUGGCUGUUCCUCCCAGCCGUGCUACCCGGAAGUGACGUGUACAGAUGUACCAGGUGGACAUGAGUGUGGGGACUGUCCGCAAGGCAUGACGGGAGACGGAAAGAACUGCACUCAGGACACUGGAGUGGCGGACCAACAAGGGUCCAGCUGGUACGAACAGCCCGCUUACAUCGCGCUGCUGUCUGUGGGGGCAGUCGUCGCCGCUGCAGCUCUGAUCGGAGUCGCUGUGUGGCGCGUCAAACCACACAAUGUCACCAAAAUCAAGGUGGGAGAUCUGCCGCUGGAGGACAGGAAGAAGAGCGAUGGUGCCGGAAGUCGCCAUGCCGAGGGGAUGUUGGACCAGGAUGACAAAAAUGAUUAGUGUAGCAUUAGAGUUAUACCGCAGUGGUUUUCAGUGGUUACUUCAAGUGGGAGUCUAAACACCCAAUGUAAAUGCAUUAGAAGCAAAACUAUCAUUCUAACUAACUCAGCAUCUCAACAUCAUUGUCUCAAGACAUUAUCUGUUGAGAUUUAGCUUACCUUAAGUCAUCUCUGUCUUGGUUAAACUACAAGAUGUUUCAUGUGAAUCGUUUUGAAAAGAAACAGAUUCUUUCUUUAAAGUAUACCAACAUCUCCCUGCCAGUUUAUACAAUAUAUUAAAGCAUAGGGACAAUUUUAGGUUUAGCAAUAACGUUAACUGGAAAAUUAUCUCAAAUUUUUGACAUUAAACUGAAAAUUGAUUAUGGAAAGGCUUAUCAAAGGAAAUGAUUUGUUAAUGAAAGAAGAAUAUUCAACGGAUGAGACGACUCAUUUAUUAUAUUAUUAAUCAGUUUACUAGUUAUAGCUUUUUGUUUUCGUCUUCCUGUGUGGGUGUGUUUGUGUUCUGUGUUUAUAUUUUUUCACCUUUGAACAAUAAUAUGAAUAAGUCGUUAUGAUGUUUUAUUCUGCACAAGUUGAAUAUCGUUUCUUGUGAAUGCACGUAUCCCAAAUAGUCCAUUUACCUGUUGACUAGAUAUGUGUGGAGGACAAAACAUUCAAAAACGUUUCAUAAUCCAAUGUCAUUGGUCAGCAUGCAAUGGCUGUUACAAAUGAUUGCCUUAUAAUAAAUGUCAAUGCUGUGUGGAAUAAAAGUCUCAAUAUAAGGUUUAGUAGUAAUUUGACGUGAAUGUUUAUGCUUCAGACGUGCACAGUUAUGGGUCCAAUAUUCAA